AUGAUUUUAAUAGCGGGAUUCGUUGAUAAAACCACAACAAGAGACUUCCAGCCUGCUGUGGUUCAUCUACAAGGACAGGAAACCACCAUUCAGGUUAAGGAAGACCUGUCUGAAGGCGUCUUGAGGAACUGGAAGAUGGUGUCGAUCCACCACCGUGUCUUCAAGAUGCACUCUCGCUCCGGACAACUGGAGGUCCUACUGGACGGCAUCUACUUCAUAUAUAGUCAGGUGUACUAUCUGAACUUCACGGACAUUGCCAGCUACGAGGUGAUGGUAGACUCCACCCCCUUCCUGCGUUGUACCUGCAGCAUGGAGACGGGGCAGAGGAAGUUCAACACGUGCUACACGGCGGGGGUCAGCCUGCUGAGGGCGGGACAAAGGAUCUCCAUCAGGAUGGUCUAUGAUGACACGCUGAUCAGCAUGACCAAUCAUACUACGUUCCUGGGGAGCGUCAGGCUGGGGGAUUCCCCCUGACCAAUACGGCACAACUUCCUGGGACUUCCUGACCAAUCACACCUCCUUCCUGGGGCUCCCUGACCAAUCACACCUCCUUCCUGGGGCUCCCUGACCAAUCACACCUCCUUCCUGGGGCUCCCUGACCAAUCACACCUCCUUCCUGGGGCUCCCUGACCAAUCACACCUCCUUCCUGGGGCUCCCUGACCAAUCACACCUCCUUCCUGGGGCUCCCUGACCAAUCACACCUCCUUCCUGGGGCUCCCUGACCAAUCACACCUCCUUCCUGGGGCUCCCUGACCAAUACGGCACAACUUCCUGGGGCUCCCUGACCAAUCACA